CAUGACUAUCGCUUUACGCUCAAAGAGAAGUUGGUGUUCUACGGGUGGUGGAACGCCAACGUAAGUUUAAAUUUCAUUCCCACUACUAAAGACAAUAGGUAGCGGCGUUCAGCUCGCAUUCUGUUGAACAAUGAGCACUAUUUUACCGCAUGCCUGCAUAAUGAGAUGAGUUUCGUCUGAUGAAAACGUUUGGUUUUCAGACAAACCGCUAAGCUUGCUCUAUCAGUUUCGAUAGGUUAAUUUACAAAAUACAACAUUUUCAGACAAAUGGUGUACACAUAAAAGCAAGCACUAUACUUAGCUCUAGUCGUGCAAAGAAAAAUCCGCGCGCAUAUCAAACGUGACCUCACAAGAAAUAGCGUCACAAUGAAACGUGGUAGAGCGCAUACAGAAAAGCAAAAUGUCAGAGACAAGCAAUCGUGCGCAAUCAUUUCUCCCCUACGUUCCCGAGAUGGUGGACAUGAUCUUAAGAUACCUUCCUGCGAAGGAGCUAAGAACAACAGCAAGAGUAUGCAGAAUGUGGAGGAACAUUUCCACGCGGAUUUUACAUUCGCGAACAACUUGGACCGUGCAUCACUUGGCGGACAAAUUGAUUACAGGAAGUGAAAUCGACGAUGUUUUUGAAAAUAUGUUCACGGAACCACGAAUGGUGAUUCAGUUGAGCCAUAGGGAAAUCUGGUUCACGCGAAGGGAGCCACGAAGGCGAAGGAACGAAGAGAGACAGCUUGUGCGCUCUGUUUUUAAUUUAUUUGCCAAACUUCCACCGGGAUGUGUCACAAUAGGUUGUACCACUGAACGUAUUGUAUUCCAACAGCCCACUGACGAGUUCACUCCCAACCUCAUCCAUCAUAUUAAGGCAGGACACGCAUUCAUAUGUGCGCCUCACAUGCCUGGUGUUUGCUACCACCAUGUUUACCUCAGAACACCCAGGCCACCGCCAGCUAGUGACUGGUGCGAUAUGUUUGAUUUGCCCGCGCACACUCCAGUCAAGUUAGUCGUGCUGAUAGCGCUCUCGGCAAGUAGAGAUUUCAUACCGUUCCUAGCCUCAGGAAUCCGUGAAACUUAUGGAGAACAAGUAGUUGUUUUCGGAGGCGUUGGGCAUGACCGUUUGUUUAUAGAUGGUCUAGUAAAGAGAGCAAGAGUUGUGGCAAUAUUCAUUUCAGGCCAACCAUUUCGCGCACACGCUGGAUUAUUAAACAACGGUAAUGACGCUGACUUUUAUACACCGGCUCAUCAGCUGACAGAAGAAGCUAGAGGCGAAGGUUUUACGCCCAAAUUUUCACUUUUGUUCACAUCACGGUUUGUUCACAAAGGACAAGCUUUCUAUUCCAGCUCUCAAACAGCAUUCAGAGAAAGUUUCAGUACCAUUCCUAUGUUGGGUUUCUAUUCUUACGGCGAGUAUUGCUUAACUGAAAGAGACACUGAAGUCACCAAAAUCAAUGACUUCAAAAGACAAAUGAGAUACAAUUCAGCUAUUUAUUGUGUGUGCUCGUACAAAAACGAGACACAAUAGCAUUUUUAUCUAGUUAGAAAUCUAAAACAUUGAAGUACACAGUAUAACAUAAAUAUCUCCUAACAUUGUCUUGUCUCUGAAUGUAGUCUGAAUUAUUCUCAGUAUGAAGUGUCCAAGCUAAGAAGUUGUGAACAGGAAUAAUGUACAACGUAACAUCUCGACAUCUUUUCAAGGUUCAAUAUUACUAUGUAUUUUGAUAUAGUUUCUGUUUCAUUUCAUAUUGGCGUUUAAAAUAUUGAAUAUAAUUACCACCUUUACAAAUACUUGUUUACUUUUCAGUUCGUUCAUUAUCAUUGUAUUUUUUCACGUAUGUUUAGAACGAAAUUCUGGCACACAGUGUCCGUCGAGCGAUUGCUCUCAAACAACGUCUCUGCUGCAUUUUAAUGUCAGGGUGACACUCUGAAGACCGUAAAAAAUAAUUUUCUACAUGAUACGAACUGUACUCAGUGUCUCUCGGAAGAAAGCCAAAGAGACCAAAUCUAAACAAAAGGCUCGCCAAGUGCAA